UCUAGCCCCCACUGUUGUGGAUGUGUGACUGACCAGAGGGGAUCGUCGGUCUGCCUGGGGCAGCACGGCGUGGCCAGGGCCCCCCCAGAGCCGCCCCCGCACCCUGAGAGCUCUGCCGUGGAGCAGUGUCUUAACCUCAGGCUGGUUCGGAGACACCUGCGGCAUGAGGCGCAGCCGAACAGCGCUCUCCUUCCUGCUGAGUGAGCAUGUCCGAGAGUCUGUGGAUUCCGGCUCGGGCCCCGUGAGUCCCCUCAGCAGUGGUGUCAUCCGGAGACGUUUCUCAGGGACCCCGUUGCUGCCCCCGCUGUCGAGCCGCCUUGGGCCCUCUGGGGAAACUGAGCCCAGCGCCUCUGUGGUGUUCACCAUUGGGGCUCGAGGGACAGAGCAAAGCCAUGGUUCGUCUUCAGGAAGCUUUGACCUGGAAAAUGCUCUCUCAUGUGGGAGAAGUGCCCUGGACCCCCAGGUUGGGCCUGGUCUUGGCCAGGGCAUCCAGACCUCUGCCCAGCACAGCCAACGGCGCGAGUCCUUCCUGUACCGGUCCGACAGCGACUAUGAACUCUCGCCUAAGGCCAUGUCCCGGAACUCCUCUGUGGCCAGCGACCUACACGGAGAAGACAUGAUUGUGACACCCUUUGCCCAGGUCCUGGCCAGUCUUCGGACAGUUCGGAGAAAUGUCGCAGCGAUAGCCCACCUGCAAGGCCUCAGGGCAGCCAAGCAGGCAUCGGUCGGGAACCCCCCAUCUGGCAGUCAGCCCCCUCCACUGACAGAGGACACCGGGCAGAAGCUGGCUUUGGAGACAUUGGACGAGCUGGACUGGUGUCUGGACCAGCUGGAGACCCUGCAGACCCGACACUCGGUGGGGGAGAUGGCCUCCACCAAGUUCAAGCGGAUGCUGAAUCGGGAGUUGACGCACCUGUCUGAAACCAGCCGAUCUGGGACCCAGGUGUCAGAGUACAUCUCCCGGACCUUCCUGGACCAGCAGACUGAGGUGGAGUUACCCAGGGGGACCCUCACGGAGCCCCCGAGGCCAAUGUCCCAGAUCAGCGGCCUGCAUGAGCUCCCCCACAAUGCCAGCCUCUCCACAGCCACCAUCCCACGCUUGGGGGUCCAGACUGACCAGGAGGGGCAACUGGCCAAGGAACUGGAAGACACCGAUAAGUGGGGGCUUGAUGUGUUCAAGGUGGCAGAGCUGAGCGGGAACCGGCCCCUCACAGCCAUCAUAUUCAGCAUCUUUCAGAAACGUGACCUGCUCAAGACAUUCCAGAUCCCAGUGGACACGCUUGUCACCUACCUGCUGACGCUGGAGGGUCACUACCAUGCUGAUGUGGCCUACCACAACAGCCUGCAUGCCGCCGAUGUGGCCCAGUCCACACAUGUGAUGCUGGCCAUGCCUGCACUUGAGGCCGUGUUCACAGACCUGGAAGUCCUGGCUGCCAUCUUUGCAAGCACCAUCCAUGAUGUGGACCAUCCUGGAGUCUCCAACCAGUUUCUCAUUAACACCAACUCGGAGCUUGCGCUUAUGUACAAUGACACCUCUGUGCUGGAAAACCACCACCUGGCCGUGGGCUUCAAGCUGCUGCAGGCAGAGAACUGCAACAUCUUCCAGAACCUCAGCACCAAGCAGUGGCUGAGUCUGCGCAGAAUGGUCAUCGACAUGGUGCUGGCCACUGACAUGUCCAAACACAUGAACCUCCUGGCUGACCUCAAGACCAUGGUGGAGACCAAGAAGGUGACCAGCCUGGGUGUCCUGCUGCUGGACAACUAUUCUGACCGUAUCCAGGUCUUGCAGAACCUGGUGCACUGUGCAGACCUCAGCAACCCCACCAAGCCACUGCCCCUGUACCGCCAGUGGACGGACCGCAUCAUGGCUGAGUUCUUCCAGCAGGGCGACCGUGAGCGAGAGGCGGGCCUAGACAUCAGCCCCAUGUGUGACAAACACACUGCCUCAGUGGAGAAGUCUCAGGUGGGUUUUAUUGACUACAUUGCCCACCCACUGUGGGAGACAUGGGCUGACCUGGUACAUCCCGAUGCACAAGACCUUCUGGACACACUGGAGGACAACCGCGAGUGGUACCAGAGCAAGAUCCCCCGUAGCCCCGUGGAUGCCACCAUCCCUGAGCAGGGCGGCCAUGAUAGAUUCCAGUUUGAGCUAACUCUGGAGGAGGCAGAAGAGGAGGAGGAAGAGGAGGAAGAGGAGGGGGAGAGCAUGCUGGCUCAGGAGGCCUCAGAGUUACCUGACACUGAGCUCCUGUCUCCUGAGGCCAGCACAGACCCUGAGGCCUUGUGCCUAGACAACCAGAGGACCGUGGGCAAGCCCUGUGUGGACCAUGAGGGCAAUGUGGCAUCUGAGUCCUUUGGAACCUAGUGGUCCCUAAUGAGUGGGUCGACUUUCCAGGAGGAGGUCCCAGGCCUGGCCUUCUUUACAUAUUCGGAGAGACAACCAAGCUUUUAGUUAUAGGCAAGUUUCAGGGUCAUAUCAAAGGCAUCUGGCUUGGGUCCACCCUGAUCUCCCACUCUGUAAAGAGAGCUGUCCUUCAGAGUCAGCUCUGAAACUGGGGCUGGGUCAGGCUCAACUUCUCCAACGGUCACUCUUCAGCCACAUCCAGAGCUUAUUCUUUCACUCUUUAUCAGAUAUGGACUGGGCACCUAUUGUGUGCCAGGCUUAUGCCCAUUAUGUGCCUCUGGGGUAGCCCUGAGCAAGGGGGUGAGAAGUCAGCUCCAAGGAGAGGCCUUCCACUGGCACCUCCCUUUCAUCUUCUGGGAAGCUCCCUGCAGAUCAGGACCUUGAAUGGGGAAAUGCGUGGCACCAACACUUUGCCCAGUCUCAACUCUGGUCCUGGAGCUCAGGAGGGGGCUGGUAAGGGGGGCAACAAAGAGAGCACUCUGUGUGGGGACAUCUCUGAAGACUGAUGUGGCCUGUUGCUACUUGUAUGUCAAGUAUUGCUUUAAGUAGUUGUAAUUUCUGUCUUCAGCAGUGUCUCUGGGUGCACCUGUUCUUUCUGGCCCCAGGACACACCCUGCCAGUAUCCCUUCACAUUCUUCCUCUUAUAGAACAGCAACAAAAGCACAGAGUUUCCUGCAACACACACAAUACCCUUCCUGAUUCUGAGGGUGUCCCAGACUCCCCCUAGGGCCAGUUUUCCCUCUAUAGCCUAAUCCUAGCAUUUGGAUAAACAUUGGUUGAGGGGUAAUGUUUGUGAUCACCCUGAAAUAUCUUAGAAAUUUUGGUCAUUUAAUGUUUCUCUGGGGUUAAAUAAACCCUAUUACCCUAAACUAGUAUCAUGUCCACUUCAUGGAUGGGGACACUGAGGCACAGAGAGGUCCUGUUGCCUGCUCAAGGCCUUGCAGCUGGGCCCUGGAUAUUGGCCAGCGGCGCCCCCUGGCGGCCAAAGACGCAGCAAAUUUUGGGAGUCUUCCUGGCCAGCCGCACCUUCCGCAUUUCCCUUCUUGGAGCUCAGCCUGGGGCUGGCGGGGCUUUGCUGGGAGGGAGAAGAGGAGGUAGCUCUGUGUUCAAGUACCAGGUUUAGUUCCUGUAUCUGGAGGGCUCAGUAUUCCACACCCCAAUUUGCCUCCCUCCCAGCGUGCCUGAAAAUUUAUGCAUGACACAGGUCCUCACAGCAGCCUCUGGCUUAUGAAACAGCUGGCUUCAUUACUAAAUGAUUCCAGUAAUUCAUCAUCAUCAUAAUUACUAUGGAAUUCCACAGGGAGAAUUAAACGUCAUCUGGGUCAUGAACUUGAUGCAUUUCCUUUCAGAUCUUUAAAAGACAUAGAUUUAGGGGAUAAUUAUUUAUAAUUUUUCUCCUUCCCAUUUACUUAUAAGUAAUAUGUAUUCAUAGUAAAUAAUUUGGAAA